AUGUCUGGAAUAAAUCCCUCAAAAGAUCAUUUUAAACAAGAGCAUUCAAGUACAGCUGGAUUCGCGGGUGGUCCCACGUUCUCAGCGCAUGAUAAAUAUGACAACGCUCGCCAUUUGAAUUACGGACAAACAGAGAAUCAAAAGAAGAGUGUGGCAGAAGAAGAGACUAAGAAUGAGACGAGUCCAACUCAUCGUAUUCGUCGAUACUCUGCCUCGGGUGACUCCGCACCGCGAGCAACUCAUACAUUCAUGGAUGAAAUCUUGGGUGGAAAGACGGGCGACGAUCUGAUUGAGAAAAAGGAGCAUCUUGAAAGGGAUCGUCAGAAUCAUCAUCGGAAGGAGCAACAUCAUGAUAAAUUAGAACAUUGA